AUGGCAGUGGCUAAAAGUGGCUCGAUCAUUAUUGUCGGCGCAGGUGUAUUUGGCCUCUCGACAGCGCUGGAGCUUAAAAAGAGAGGAUACAGCGACAUCACCGUUCUGGACCGAUUUGUGCCUCCUGCAGCUGAUGGAAGCAGCGUCGACAUAUCACGCAUUAUUCGCAGUGAUUAUGCGGACCCAAUUUAUUCCAAAAUGGCCCGCGAGGCCCUUGAUGGAUGGAGGACCGAGUACCAAGACCAAUACUACGAAUCUGGCUUUGCGCUGCUCUCGGAAACACCCAAUAAUGCCUGGAUCGAAAAGUCAAAGGCAGUAAUCAAAGCCUCGGGUGGUCACAUCGAUGAACUUGCUGACGCGAGUGAGUUGCGAAAGUUCUAUCCGAACGUACAAUCCAAUUUGUCCGGCUUGAAUGGAUACCAUAAUCCCUUAGGCGGCUGGGCCGAUGCAGCGGGCGGUAUCCAGAAACUGGCUUCGCGGUGUAGUGUGGCUGGGAUAUCUUUCAUUACCGGGCCUCGGGGAACUGUGGCUUCUCUCCGCAAGGAAGAAUCCCGUGUCGUGGGAGUCAAUCUUGUCGGAGGGCAGUAUCUACUUGCCUCACAAGUAAUUGUAAGCACAGGAGCUUGGACAAACCGCCUGCUGGAUAUUGAUCACGCUGCAUCUUCAUCUGGGCAGCCAGUUGGCUUUAUACGACUUACUCCGGAGGAAGCUCGGUCCUUGGAUUCGACCCCGGUCAUGAUCAACAUGAGCACUGGCGUGUUCUGCUUUCCACCGACGCCAGGAACCAAUAUCCUCAAGCUCGCGCGCCAUGGAUACGGUUUCGCGAAUGAAGUCACGCUUGAGCGUGAUGGCAAGCCAGAGUUGGUCUCGUCGCCAAAAUUUGAGAGCAGCAAUGCGGAGUCUGGCUAUCUUCCAAAUGAUGCGGAGGAGUCUCUACGACAAGGGCUGCGCCAGUUUUUCCCUAAAUUCGCGGACCGCCCAUGGAUAAACCGCCGUCUCUGCUGGUAUACUGACACCCCGAAAGGCGACUUCAUCAUCGACUGCCACCCAACCUUGCAAGGGUUGUUUGUGGCGACGGGUGGUGCAGGACAUGCGUACAAAUUUCUUCCGGUAUUGGGCAAGUAUAUCGCAGAUUGCUUCGAGAAUAAGGCUCCAGAGGAAUUGCGCCAGAAAUGGAGGCUACUUCCUCUACAGGGUCCGAAAGGAAAGGGCAUGGCGGGUGAUGGAAGCAGAGCCGGGCCUCCUCUCCGGAAGCUUACUCCGUUGGAGCAGGCUAAGCUGUGA